CCCCCCCUCCUCGCUUACUGCCCUACCCCUCCAUACAUCACAAUGUUCUUCACCCGCCUCGCUCCCCGAGUCUCCUCCUUCUCCUUCUCCUUCUCUACUCGCAGCAUCAGCAGAACAAACCCCUUUACAAACACUUCCCAAAGAACAUUCUCCCAAACUGCAGCUAUCAUGGGCGUUACCAAGACCACCACCCAGGAGGGCACCGGCGCGCAGCCACAGAAGAACCAGACUGUUACCAUCGAGUAUACCGGCUACCUCAAGAAGGCUGAUGGGAGCAAGGGCACUGUCUUCGACUCCUCCGUUGGCAAGUCCGAUUUCCGCACCCCCAUCGGCGUUGGACGCGUCAUUCGCGGCUGGGACGAGGGUGUGGUCAACAUGAAAGUCGGCGAGAAGGCUACCCUGGAUAUCACCGCCGAUUACGCCUAUGGCAGCCAAGGCUUCCCCGGCGCCAUCCCCCCCAACUCCGACCUCAUCUUCGACGUCUGGUUGAAGGCCAUCAACUAAGCGUCUUGGGACGUCGUUAAUACUGUCUCUAUACUAUAGGGGGGUUGGAUUCGCUUGUGCGCGGCGCGGACGUUCCGGGUGACAGCACAGCUAGACUGCUGCCUGCCUGCCUGUUGAGCAAGGGAGAGGAAUAAAGAGGAGUCAAACCGUUUUUGAUGAGAGAGCUUGGAGAGGAAUAAAGAGGGUGAAACCGUUUUUGAUGAGAGAGCUUG